UAGUAUUUCUUGUGCGGGAGUACGCGCUCGGCUCGUAUGGGUACGGUAAGGGGAUUUGCGGAUCAUUUGCCCAACUACUGAGCAACCUGUUGUCUGAGAUCACGGUAAUAUAGACAUGUCGGGGGAUAACGAAGAAACGCCGACGGCGGAGGAGACAUUGAUGGACGUGAAGGAGAUUCAGGACAAGGUGAUCAGUCCUGAGAAGUCAGAGGAGGCUAAACUUAAGGCCAGAUACCCAAAUUUAGGAAACAAACCUGGGGGCUCUGAUCUGCUUCGCAAACGCCUCCAGAAGGGGCAAAAGUACUUUGACUCUGGUGACUACAACAUGGCCAAGGCGAAGAUAAAGAACAAGCAGUUGCCGACUGCUGCACCAGAGAAGGCCGAGAUCACGGGUGACCACAUCCCCACCCCCCAGGACCUGCCCCAGAGGAAACCUUCUCUGGUGGCGAGUAAACUGGCAGGCUGAUGCACACACCGCCUCGACAGCCCCUGCAUCCCCUACCCAGCCCUAACCCUCUCCACUCAAGUCUCAGAGCUGUAACAUUUACCUCUCCCACAACUCACCGUACCACCUUUGCCUCUGCCCCCAACCCAACAGGAACCCAUACGUAGCACCCAGCGAACUGGCUGGCAGACACCUUCAAAUCCUGUUUGGCCCCUGUCUCUACUACCUCCUGUCCUUGUUUUUGUCCCUCGCUACUCCCCCAAACUGACUGCCCUUCUGUCAUCUCUUACUUUUACAUGUUCCUUUUUAUUUUCUCUUUACUCAUGUAAGAUAUGCUGAAAGACAGGAUAUGCUAAAAGACAGAGCAUCCAAGUGUCAGUGUGAUGAGCGGACUGUGACGCCUCUGUACAACUGAUACCCCGGUAUUUACCAGCUGGAGAGGAGUGAGCAGCAGAAGAAGCUGUGUCUUGUGUGGUUGGAGGGCUUUAGCAUGGUCAUCUGGAUCCCUCACUUUGGAAGUGUGUUUGUGUGUAUGUAUGUGUAUACACUAUACACAUAUAGUAUACACAUAUAUAUAUUUCCUUUUGUUUGGCACAGGGGCCGACGUCAGCCUUAGAAAGUUUUACAUCAGAUUUGUAUCAUUCACUGUAUGUGAUGGGCUAAAUAUAGUAAUCCAGAGAUUGAGCUCAGUUUUGUUAACACUUUGAUUGUGAACCAGGGGGGGUAUCCUAAAGGACCACACAGCUCCCAAAGAUGAGCGUUGUUAUGGCUACGUUCACACUACAGGCCUUAAUGCUCAAUUCAAAUUUUUUUUCCCAGAUCUGUUUUUUUUUUUUUUUUUGUGAGUUCACAUUAUUGUUUAAUCAGACUUCAGUGUGAAUUGUCCUUGGCCUGAAAGUGACCUGCAUGCGCAGAAAAAUAACAUGACAUCACACGCAGCAGCACGCUGUCGUACAGAAGUAAACAGAGCCACAGAGGCUAGCCACGGUUAGCUCAUACUUACUAACCCUCUCAAUUUUCACGGGAGAGUCCCGUUUUUCAUUGUCCUCUCACGGGUCACAUUUCUCCCAAAUUAUGACAAGUGUUCACAACUUUGUCUCUUUUACAUUUCGGUUUCUGGCGCUGUACAACGCAACUGCCACACAACCCCACUGUGUCCACACAGACAAGUAGCAUGCGCAUAACUGAAAAGAGAGCUGACGCCCAGUGGAUUUCAGGUGGAAGAAAGGGAAUUUGUGAGUAGAUGACAGCAAGGUAGAGGAAGAAGAAAGCCACAUGUUUACAAUGGCUUUUUGUGGAGCUUUUUUGUUCACCACAGCUCCGUCUACAGCAGGAUUGUGACAACAGCUGCUCUAGAGUGACGUCAAAGUUGCAUCAAUUCCGAGUGUCCAGACUGAGGUCGCAUUUAAAAAGAUCCAAUCUGUAUCUCGGAUUUGGACCACAUAUGAAAGUGGCCCAAAUCCAAAGUGGAAAAAUCAGAUUCCAUGUGACUUGUUCAUAAAAAGAUCAGUUCCGAGUCGCACAUGAAUAAAAAAAAAUCUGAUUUGGGUCGCAUUGGCCUGCACUCUGAACGUAGCUUAAUCCAUGCGCUGAACCCAGACAUUUACACACACGCUUAAAAGUUCAGGAGCAGCAUAUGCGCACUGAGUGCCAUGUAGGUGGUGCAUUCAAGACAUCUUGAAACAAGGAAGUGUUGUACUUUAAAGAGUGUAAGAAGAGGGGGGCGGGGUUGUUACUUCAGCUUGAACUACAACAUUGAAAGUUUGCACUGCAAUUGUGGUGUGCCAUGCAUUUCAACCUCAGAUGACGACAUAGUCCUCUCGUCGGCCCAAAGUUUCCAUUUCCAAGUUGUCAUGAAUGAAUCAUCAUCAAAGACUGAGUAUAUGGGACCUGAAAGCUAAAUUCCUGUCUGUAGGGACCCUUCUUUGUGUACCGUAUGCUGUGUGAGUAGACUGAAUUUAUGGUAAAAAAACUGUUUUACUGUGAGCAGCUCUCAAAUGCUGUCCUCAGACUUGGGAAAAGCCUUCUAUAAUCAAAAAUUGAAUUAAUUUUAUCUUAAAAAUAUCCUUGGCCCCGUAAAGUGCUUCUUUUUCAGGGUACUUGACUGGAUGAAGCGUACCUGCGAUGUGGUAAAUCUAAGCUAGCACUACAUCUGUCAGCGCUGUGCAUGUAUAUGGCUGCCCUGCUGUCACUUUGUGCCAUUUUGUUUUGUAAAUAAAAUAGUUUUGCAGAAAUGUU